CAUAAUUUUAUCAGAAAAAAUCGCUUUGAAUCCUGCGUUUUUAUUGACACAUGCUGUACCAAGUGCACAGGGGCAUAUAAUAACAGGAUCACCGGCAAGUGCUGUUGCGUAAAACAGCUUUUGUAAACUAAACUUAAAAUUGAAAAAAAAAAUCCCCAGGACAUUGUAAUAAAUCUGGCGAUUUGUUUUGUCCAGGUACGUCGUAAGCAUUGGGCGCUUUAUUGGGCCCAACCACCGCCAAAAUACUGGCAGGCCUAAUCCUCUUUUUGCUGUUACCCCCUUGUUCAAAAUAAGGUGGAACAAAUACAAAGAAUGUUCGAAAAGGGUUUGUUAGUAAAAUAACAUGAUGUAUAUCAUUGGCACAUUAACAUUUUAAGUGAAAAAAUAUCACGAUGAAAUAUUGCCAGAUUUGGAAAAUUAAAUAAGUCACAUAGGUACGAAUGUGAUAAAUCCUUUCCUAUGGGUGUUUGUUUCAUAAUUGUAAUGGCAAGAAGCGCCGGUUUAGGCGCCACUGCGGUACCCUUUUGCCCCACCCAUGGGCCAGAUGCGAGAGCUUAAAACCCGGGGCUACCCUUCAAGCACAGCUCACUUGCAACUGUGGUUUCUCCGUUGAAACUUGGUCGCGAGCCGCUUGCUACAAACCCUCCAUACACGGCCCACCGUCUGUUUGCGUCGUUUGUUGUCUAAACUUUGCCAGAGAACGCUGUCACCAUGCAGAGAGCUCAGCUCACAGCGAAAUCCAGGAUGUCCAAAGGCUCGGCCAUGCCAGCCGACCUCAUCCUGUACGGGGGCGACAUCAUCACCAUGGAGGGGAGCGAGGCCAACCCGGGGUCCCGCGGUGCCGACUCCCUGCCAAAGACCGAGGCCGUAGCGAUCAGCGGGGACACCAUCCUGGCCGUGGGCUCCAUCGAUGUGGUCUUCCGUCACGCCGGACCCGACACCCAGGUCAUCUUCCUGAACCAACAGACCCUGAUGCCGGGCUUCAUCGAACCCCACCAGCACGCUAUACAGUGCGCCCUCAUGCGGAGCCAGUACAUCAACAUCAGUGCCCUGAAUUACAGGUGCUAUGAUGACAUUCACACCGUCAUGGUGAACAGAAUCAGCGAGCUGGAUGCAGAUCCCAACAACAAGGACUGGGCCAUCUUCUUCGGCUGGGACCCUGAGCUCAUCUCCGACCUGCCCACUCUCAGCGCCGACUUCCUGGAUGCCAACUUCUCCUCCACCAUUCCGAUCGUCGUGGUUGGUCAGAGCGGUCACGUGGCCUGGGUCAACAGUCCCGCUCUUGCGGCGCCUGAGCCACCUAUUGGCCAGAAUUACCCUAGUCCAUCUGGAGGUACCGUGGUCCUGGAUGCCGAGGGCUGGCCCACCGGGCAGCUCUUCGAGGAGCCGGCCAUCAUGCUGGUCAUGGGUCGAGCCCCACUUCCCGACGAGGAGCUCAUGAUGCAGGGCUUCUAUGAUCAAUGGAGAGCCUACGCCUCAGCCGGGCUGACCACCGUGACUGAGCUGGCCUACAUGCCUUCUCCCGAGAUGGAUGCGAUUCUCAAGACUUGUGCUGAUGCUCCAGACUUCCCUGUCCGCCUGGGUCUGUACAAAAUGACCCAUGCGCAGACAGACGAAGAGGUGCAUCAGCCCCAGUCAGCUCCCCCUCCGCCGAAGGUAAGAUGCUGCAGCCAGCUGGGGCGCGUUCAGCCCGCACCAGCCAAGAAAGGCAGGAGCGCCGUGAAAAACUACGACGGGGGAGUUGGCAACUACAGCUCCCGUCUGUGGGAAGCUGGCUUGAAGUUGGUUGCUGAUGGCUCCCCGCACUGCGGCACAUGCGCUACCCGCGAACCCUUCAUGUACACCCCGCUGACUGAAACCCUGGGGUUCCCCAAGGCACCUGGCUACGGCACCUUGAACAUGGAGGACGAUGCUCUCUUGGAUACCAUCAAGAGACAUCACCAGGACGGGAAGCAGAUGGCGAUCCACUGCCACGGCGAGAGGAGCUCUGAACAGGUGUUGAAGGUGUAUGAGCAGGUCCUGAACCAGUUCCCGAAUCAGAACAACCGUCAUCGCAUGGAGCAUCUUGGCCUGAUGACCGUGGACCAGAUUGAACGCGCUGGCAAGAUCAAUCUGGCACUGUCUUUCUUCGUGGACCAUCUCCGCUUCUACGCCUUGGUCUACAAGACUGACAUCUUCGGUGAGCGAGUCAACCGCUGGACUCCGCUGUCUGAGGCAACCAAGAAUGGCAUUACUUGGACCAUUCAUCAGGAUCAUCCGACCUUCCCCGGAGACGCCAACCCUUUCGCCAACAUGAAGACAGCCAUCACCCGUUGCACCAGGGAUGACCCUACCACUCCUUACGGCCCGGAGUACCGCGUGUCCAUCCACGAAGUUCUCAAGUCCUACACCGUCAACGCGGCCUGGCAGCUCCACCUGGACCAGAAGGUAGGAAGUAUCAAGCCUGGCAAGAAGGCCGACCUGGUGAUUCUCUCUGACAACCCUUACGACGUGGACCCGUUUGACUUGGAGAAAAUCCGUGUCAUUGAGACCUUCGUGGACGGGCGCCGCAACAACCUGGCCAACAUCAAGACCAUACCCACGGUCAACGUCAAGGUGCUAGACCGUCCGGUUUAGGCAAACUAGACAUGCCGCAGAAUAAGGAAUCAUUCGAUAUUUUCCUCAAAAUUAUUAUGAAAACAAACAUUGCGAAUAUUUGCAAUCAACUAGGCCUUGCUAUUGGCGUAUCAAUACAGGAAUGAGGGCUUAAUUAUACGCAUGCAGUUUUGUCACGUUAAAGCUGCCAAAAGUAUUAGCUGAGAUAACUUAAGCAACGAGCAAAAUGGACCCAAUUCAAGGAAAUAUGUGCCGUUUGAUCACAAAAUAAUUCAAACUUAUUUUAUUUUUAAUGGUCAUUUACGAAUUAUUCUACAUACAUUAAGCUCCCUCUGCACCUCACAAUGAAAUUUUCUCGAUAAAAGAAAACGCUGAAAUUUGUUUGUUUUUGUGUGAUGAAAAUGUUUAGGUUUCGGUUUUUGAGCAGUUAAAAAAUUAGAAAUGUUUUUAGUCGUAAGUAAAGUUAAAGGAUUUUCACGUACAAAAAAAGAAACGAAAGGCGAAAAGUAUGAGGAAUACGUGGGUUGAGUUAUGAAAUACUGGUUGUUGCUUAUGUCGUGUUAAGAUGAAAUGUAGAAAAAAAAUAGUUGGCCUGACAGAAAGAUAUAUUAAGAUUAUAAAGGUGUUGGAAUAUUUUUUAGUGCUUGUAUUUGAUGAAAAGGGUUUCGGGUUAUGCUGACAUACACAUUUUACGGCAACGCUAUUAAGGAGUUAACUUUCGGGGUUAUCAAGAGAUAAAAUAUUCCAUAAUUAUAAAAACACGCCAAGUUUUGAAUUUUGUGGUGUCGUUUGUUUUAAAGCUGAUUUCUCUGUCCUUAAAAUUAAGUUAAGAUGAAUUUUAAUCGUGAUUGAAAAAAUGGUGGUUUUGAAUAAAGAGUUUGUAACGGGUUUUGCAUUGUUA